UAGGCUUUCUUUGAAAAGUAAGUCAAAUAUCUAGGUCGAGCCACCGCUCUCUCUCCCUAAUACCUAAUUCCUUCUCCCAUACGAAUUGAUGAUGGCCUCCGGCGCGGACGAAUUCGUGAAAGGACAUAUCCACCCCAAUGGCGUUGCCGUUCUCACUCUCGAUCGUCCUAAAGCUCUCAAUGCCAUGAACCUUGAUAUGGACAUCAAGUACAAGGGUUUCCUGGAUGAGUGGAAAACAGACCCAAAGGUCAAGUGUAUUUUGGUUGAGAGUAGCUCGGCUCGUGCUUUUUCAGCAGGGAUGGAUAUUAAGGGGGUUGUUGCUGAAAUUCAAAAGGACAAAAGUACACCUCUUGUGCAAAAGGUAUUCACAGCAGAGUAUUCUCUGAUUUGUAAAAUAUUCGAGUACAAAAAGCCUUACAUCAGCUUCAUGGAUGGCAUAACAAUGGGCUUUGGCAUUGGCUUAUCAGGUCACGGUAGCUACAGGCUUAUCACAGAGAGGACUGUUCUAGCUAUGCCAGAAAAUGGAAUCGGGUUGUUUCCAGAUGUUGGUUUUUCUUAUAUAGCUGCACAUAGUCCAGGCAAUGGGGCAGUUGGUGCUUAUCUUGGACUGACUGGAAGUAGGAUAUCUACACCUGCUGAUGCACUGUAUGUUGGUUUGGGAAGUCAUUAUGUUCCUUCUGCAAAUUUGGAUACAUUGAAAGAGGCUUUCUUGGCGGCUACCUUCUCUCAGGAUCCGGACGAAGAGAUCAAAACACUUCUGGAAAAAUACAGUACUGACCCUGAUUCAGAAUCCCGUUUGAAGUCUCUUUUACCCAGAAUCAUUUCAACAUUUGGUGGUAAUAAGUCUGUUAAAAAUAUAAUAGAGGAGCUUGAAAAUCAUCAGCAAAGUGCGGAUACUUUGGUGGCAGAAUGGGCUAAGGAUGCUCUGCAAGGGCUAAGAAAGGGCGCUCCCUUUUCUCUUUGCCUCACCCAGCAGUACUUUUCCAGAGUUGCAUCUGCAUGUGGCAAAAAUGAGAAUACCUUGUCCAAGCUCCCUGGUGUUAUGAGAACUGAAUAUCGCAUUGCUAUAAGGUCUGCUCUACGCAAUGAUUUUGCAGAAGGUGUCCGUGCUAUCUUAGUGGACAAGGAUCAGAACCCAAGAUGGAAUCCUUCCAGCUUGGAGGAAGUGAACCUCAAUGAAGUGGAAGCUCUCUUUGAACCUUUGAGCCCUGAAGUUGAGUUGAAUGUUUGAUGUUUACCAGGACAUCUUUACUGUCUUUCCAACAGUUAGGAGUCAAAAUCUUUCUUCCUUCUCUUUGGAUCAAUAAAUAUGAUUGAUUCCACAUGCUUACAUACAAAACGUUCUGUGAGGUGACUAAUGACUCCGUUCAGAUUCCGAUGUUAUUUGCCAUUUUCGAUCUAUUGGAAUUUUAGGUGCAGCUGGUAAUAAGUUUAUAGGAUUCUGGUUGUACGACUAAGAUUGGAUAGAAUUCAGUAUUCGGAUCCAUUAGAUUGAGGUCAUACUUUGUAUUUGUUAUUCCGUCUGUUUCGAUCUUAUAUGUUCUUAUUUGUUUAAAAAAGAAAAGACAUCCUUUUUUAUUUGCAACUUUAA